UGAACAUUAGUCCUUAAAAAUGGAAUGGGCUUGGAGUUUUUCUUUUCUCUCUUGGCUAAGCCUUAUCCUAUCAGGGCCACCUCUCAUUCUCCUCUUCCUUUUCCAUACCCGGAGGAGGAGACAGGUGGAGGAGUUUCAUUCUGGUAAACUCCGGCCACCAGGUCCUCAGGGAUGGCCAGUGGUAGGCAACAUAUUCGACCUCGGAGAACUGCCACAUCAGACCUUGUGUAAGUUCCAGGAUAAGUUCGGGCCUGUUAUUUGGCUGCAGUUAGGAUCGGUUGGAACACUUGUAAUCAACUCAGCUGAUUCGGCGGCCAAACUCUUCAAGAGCCACGACCUAGCCUUCUCCGACCGUAGAUGCCCCAAUGCACUAACUGUCCACGGUUACAAUCAUGGGUCAAUUGCCAUUGGAAACUACAGCCCUUACUUCCGCGUAUUCAAGCGGAUUGGUGCCAUGGAAUUCAAUGCGGUAAAGAGAGUAAACGAGAGUGUUGAAGUCCGAAGAAAGUGUGUCGAUAACAUGAUCAUUUGGAUCGAAGAAGCAGCCAUGAAAUCCCAUUCAAGUGGGCUGAAGGGCGUGAUAGAGAUUUACCAUUUUGUCUUCCUUAUGGCUUUCAAUAUGGUUGGAAAUAUGGUAUUCUCCGAGGACAUAAUAGAUUCGGAAACCAAGGAAUGGAAAGAAUUCUUUGAUUCAAUGAAUAAGGUCGUGGAAUGGACUGGCAAGCCUAACUUAUCGGAUUAUUUCCCACUGUUGAAGAUGUUAGAUCCGUUGGGAAUAAAGAAGGCAAUGAAUAAGGAUAUGGGAAGAUGCUUGAAGAUUGUAGCGAAUUUUGUGAAGGAGAGGAUGGAGGUUCGAGAGGAGAGAUUCAAGAGGAAAGAUGGUAAGGAGAAGAAGGAUUUCCUUGAUGUUCUAUUGGAGUUUGAAGGUGACAAAAGAGAUAGUCUUGGUAGGAUUUCCGAGGAAAACCUCAAUAUAAUUUUAACGGAAAUAUUUUUUGCAGGCACGGAGACCACGAACACUUCGAUUGAGUGGUUAAUGUCGGAUCUACUAAACAACCCCAAUUGCAUGAGAAAGGUUGAGGAGGAACUCGAGAGAAUAGUCGGAAGGGAAAGAAAGGUAGAAGAAAGCGAUAUCAAUAAACUCUUGUAUCUACAAGCAUCAGCGAAAGAGUCGUUAAGAUUGCACCCUCCCAUUCCCCUGCUCCUCCCUAGGAAUUCAACCGAGGAUACUAUCUACAAUGGAUACUUUAUACCAAAAGACACCCAAGUCUUAAUAAAUGCAUAUGCAAUAGGGAGAGACCCCGAAGUGUGGGACGACCCUUUGGAUUUCAAACCUGAGAGGUUCCUUAACAAUAAUAUAGAGCCAACGGGUCAACAUUUCGGGUUCAUCCCUUUUGGAGCAGGUAGAAGGAUGUGUAUGGGUUAUGUUUUGGGACAACGAAUACUUCAUCUGACUGCUGCGACUCUCAUCCACACGUUCCACUGGGAAGCAGAUGAUUCAACAACUCCUAAGAUGAUCGACAUGACUGAAAAGAUGGGGAUAACCCUAAGAAAAUUGAUCCCCUUAAGAAUGAUACCUAAAAGGAGAGAUCUACCUUGAAACUCUUUGUACUACCCUUAUUUAUGCAAAUAAGUGUUUUUUACACUACUAUUUAAGUAUAAAAGAAUAA